UGCUUGCUUUGGACCACAAGGAGAGCUCGCGUAAUGCUGCGAUCGUGAUAGCGGAGGUGCGCGCUUGGAGGCGCCUCCAUCUCCUUCGAUACCGCCGCUCGGCGAACCAAAGCACGCGUGCAUGUGUGAAUCUCCACCGUCUUUGCAUCAUGGCAAGAUGCAGCCAUCGCCGUCGCCACCUCGGGCAUCGGCGCCGCCGGCGCCGAAGGCGUCAGUGUACAAGCACUUCUGCAGAGUCUGCAAUAAGGGCUUCAAAUGCGGAAGCGCGCUUGGCGGCCACAUGAGGGCUCAUGGUGUCGGCGACGGCGACGGGUUAGGUGUUGAUGAUGACGGCGACGACGACGACUCCCUCGGCGAUGAUCGGUGGAACUCGGGUGUCCCGUCAUCAUCAGCAGGAGCGACUCACGUCUACGCGUUGCGCACCAAACCUAACCGGCUCACCAGGAGCCGCCAGGUGUGCAAGAACUGCGGGAAGGAGUUCACGUCGUGGGAGCAUUUUCUUGAGCACGGAAAGUGCAACUCCGGCGAGGAUGAGGACGAUGAGGAGCCAGAUCGAUCGUUGCAAUCGUGGUCACCAGAGGCCAAGGGUGAGGAGAAUCCGGGACCAUCCACUGGCUGGUCAAAAGGGAAGCGAUCGCGUCGUGCCAAGAGCGUGGGAAUUGAUUCGUCACCACCCGCCUCAGCUUGCAUGGCCGGGGAGGAAGAGGAUCUAGCCAAUUGCUUAGUACUACUCUCGUCGUCAAAGCUACCUCAGCCAGGCAUCAGUCAGGCCCAACCAGAACCAGAGUCGUCUGUUUCAGGGAGUAAGGAAUACAAUACGCCAAUGUCGUGCAUGGAACCGGCGUUCAAUACAGUGAUGAUGUUGUUGCCGUCACCGACGUCAGUACAAUACGUCUCGCCCACCGCUCGUGGCAUGUUCGAGUGCAAGGCAUGUAAAAAGGUUUUUUCAUCGCACCAAGCUCUCGGAGGCCACCGUGCUAGCCACAAGAAAGUGAAGGGCUGCUUCGCUGCCAGGCUAGACAGCAACAUUACUGAACCACCACAGCACUCGGGGGUGGCUCAUGCCAAUACGAAUGCAACUUUUGAUGCCAGUAACACGGACGGAGAUGCAAACGCCGGCACGAGCGAGGCCGCGGCAGAACUGUCGAUGGCCAUCGUGCCGAUGGAACCACCGGUCGCGGCGCUGGCCGCUGCACCGUUGAAGAAGAAGGGCAAGAUGCAUGAGUGCUCCGUCUGCCACCGCCUGUUCACCUCCGGGCAGGCACUUGGAGGCCACAAACGGUGCCACUGGCUCACCUCGAACUCAGCAGACCAUGCCAGCUCAAUCGCCAACCUCCCUCCUCUACCACCGGCCGACGACCUGAUCGGCGCAUCCUGCCACCCGCUCCAUUUCCGGCCAAUGAUGAACGCGCCGGAGCCCGCUCUCAACCUCGGCAUCGCGGCGAACCCUUCACCGCUGGCAUCGAGAUCCAAGGUCGGCGGCAGCUCCUUACAUCCCGACGCGACACCACCAGUCGCGUCGCCGACGACGGUACCCCAUCGGGACAAGGCUACCGCCAUAACUGGCAGCCAGAACGCCAAAGACGCGGUGGGGUUAAGCGUCGUGGCAGAGGACGAGGCGGACAGUACCACCGUGAAGAGAGCGAGGCUCCGCGAUCUCAAGGACGUGAGCAUGGCUGGGGAGACUACGCCGUGGCUGCAGGUCGGCAUUGGAUCCUCGUCCCGCGGAAGUGGUGACGAUAAUGACAGGCAGUGAGCUGCGUAUUACUCAGUACAUAUAUCUUAAUGCGUUUGCAACUGCUUUGCCAUCUGACAUUUUGGGAUUUUGUUUUUUGCACUUUAGAUUUGUAUAGUUUUUUUUUUCUUUUUGGGAGAAGUAUAUAUUUUUCACACGAGGAGGUGUUGG